UGCGGCAGGACAGGCGGGACCAGCCGAAGACAGAGAGACCGCGACCAGGACCAGGACGACGACGAAAACAACAACAACAACAACACCACCACCUUCCUCAUCCUCCUCAUCCUCGCCGUGAGACAACAUGCUGCCCGGAUCCGCGCUGCUCCUGCCCCUCAUCCUCGGCUCCGCCGCCUGCUUCGAGCUGCUGCCGGAGGAGGGUGCUCCCCGCCGGGCACGGUUCUCCGCAAACAGCCCGACGGAUGUGGCCAGAUGUUUGAACGGUGCCGUGGCUGUGGGCUGCGGCUUCUUCUCCUGCCUGGAAAACUCGACCUGUGACACCGACGGGAUGCAUGAAAUCUGCGAGCUCUUCCUCCACACCGCCGCCACCUUCAACACAGAGGGUAAAACCUUUGUCAAGAAGAGUCUGCACUGCAUCUCCCAGGGAAUCACGGCGAAGGUUUUCCAGACCAUCCGCCGCUGCAACAUCUUCCAGCGGAUGAUCGCUGAGGUGCAAGAGGAGUGUUACACCAGUCUCGACAUCUGCACCGUGGCCCGUACCAACCCUGAUGCUAUCGGAGAGGUGGUGCAGGUGCCGACUCACUUCCCCAACAGGUACUACAGCACCCUGCUGCAGAGCCUGCAGGCCUGUGACGAGCAGACGGUGGCGGCGGUGAGGGCCGGCCUGAUCGCCAGGCUGGGCCCCGACAUGGAGACGUUCCUCCAGCUCGUCCAGAACAAGCCGUGCGCCGCCGGUUCCGGCCCCGCCGCCUACAACAACCCGUCCAGCUGGAGAAACAUGCCCGUGUUCAACGUUCAGCCCGGCUUCAGAGGCCGAGACCCCACCCACCUGUUCGCCCGGAGAUCUGUGGAUGACGGCGAGGCGGAGGUCAAAGCCCGGAAGUAGAGACCAGGCACACUGGCACAAACACGCAGCUCACUCCUCAGAUCGUGUCUCGCUAUGAUUACUGUUUAGCCCAGAGCUUUAGAUGCUGAUUGGGGUAAUAAUUACUAUGAGGGGCUGUUUGUUAUGGUGAAUACUCGGGCCACCUGACGCACCUGCGGUACAGACCUUUGAAAAGUGGCCUAUGGCAGUGAUAACCUUUGAUAUUUAUUUCCUUGAACCAGUUAAUUUAUGAAGCUGUUAUAUUUAAUGUAGUGCGGGGGGGGCGGGGGGAGGCUGUGGAGGUCAGGAGACGCCUCCAUGCUGGUCAUGGAGCUCUUCGUGACCCCUGUGAGGGCCCGUUUUGCUGGUCUGAGAUCACUUCAUUAGUUCAAGUUGUACGCCAUGUUU